AUGGCAAAUAACGAAUUAAUAAAAUUAGCAGAUCAAGCAUUAUCUAGAUCUACAUCAGUGACACAAAAAAGUGCUAAAAUGGAUACGACUGAAUUAACGAAUCAAUCAUCAUCUAGACUCAUACAAGUGAUACAAGAAAUAGAUAUAAUAUCAAGCUUCUCUGACGAAGAAAUAUUACCAAAAAGACAGAAGCUUAGACAUGUUAUUACAACUUCUAACGUAAGUUCUGAUGUAGUUAUGAUAGAAGAUUUUUUUGAUACUAUGAAUGAAGAAGAAAUAUUUAAAUAUAAAGCAAAAUAA